GGCAGCCCGCCGUGGCGCUCAGCCCCCUGCAGCGGCCCGGGACCGAUGCUAGCGGAGCCAGGCGAGCCGGGCGCGCAGACCUGCGGGAGGCGUCGAUGCGCGGCCGCUCCGGGGACCCUGCUCUCCGCGGCUCGCCCUGCCCGCCGGUGAUUCCCGGGCUCCGCGCGCAGCCCUGCCGAGCCCCGGAGGAGACGGCCCAUCCGCGAAGAGCCGGCGUGUCGCGCGCGUGUGGAUUAUCUGCGGACAUGACUGCGCGGGGGAGACCCAAGCCGCCGCUCCCGCUCCCGGCGCUGCUGCUGCUGCUGCUGCUGGGCGCGGGGCUCCGCGCCGCAGCUACGGGGCAGACCUGUGGGGGCUUGGUGCAGGGUCCUAACGGCACCAUCGAGAGCCCGGGCUUUCCGCACGGCUACCCCAACUACGCCAACUGCACCUGGAUCGUCAUCACAGGAGAGCGCAACCGGAUACAGCUGUCCUUCCACACCUUUGCUCUGGAAGAGGAUUUUGAUAUUUUGUCGGUCUAUGAUGGACAGCUCCAGCAAGGGAACCUGAAAGUGAGGUUAUCAGGAUUCCAGCUGCCCUCGCCGAUCGUCAGCGCAGGAUCCAUCCUGACUCUGUGGCUCACGACCGACUUCGCCGUGAGUGCCCAAGGCUUUAAGGCCCUGUAUGAAGUUUUACCCAGUCACACGUGUGGAAAUCCUGGGGAAAUAUUGAAGGGAGUUCUCCAUGGAACAAGAUUCAAUAUAGGAGACAAAAUCCGGUAUAGCUGUCUCUCCGGCUACAUCUUGGAGGGGCAUGCGGUUCUGACCUGCAUCGUGAGCCCCGAGAAUGGUGCGACGUGGGACUUCCCAGCUCCGUUUUGCAGAGCUGAGGGCGCCUGCGGGGGGACCCUGCGGGGGACGAGCAGCACCAUCUCCAGCCCGCGCUUCCCCUCGGAGUACGAGAACCACGCCGACUGCACCUGGACCGUCAUCGCUGAGCCCGGGGACACCAUCGCGCUCGUCUUCACGGACUUCCAGCUGGAGGAAGGGUACGACUUCCUAGAGAUCAGCGGCACGGAGGCGCCGUCCAUAUGGCUGACUGGCAUGAACCUGCCUUCUCCCGUCAUCAGUAGCAAGAACUGGUUACGACUCCAUUUCACAUCUGACAGUAACCAUCGGCGCAAAGGAUUCAAUGCUCAGUUUCAAGUGAAAAAGGCAAUUGAAUUGAAGUCACGAGGAGUCAAGAUGCUGCCCAGCAAGGACAGUAGCCACAAGAACUCUGUCUUGAGUCAGGGAGGCGUGGCUUUGGUCUCUGACAUGUGUCCAGAUCCCGGGAUUCCAGAAAAUGGUAGACGAGCAGGUUCUGACUUCAGGGUUGGUGCCAGUGUACAGUUCUCCUGUGAGGACAAUUACGUGCUCCAGGGAUCCAAGAGCAUAACCUGUCAGAGAGUCACGGACACCCUGGCUGCAUGGAGCGACCAUCGGCCUGUUUGCCGAGCUCGAACAUGCGGAUCAAAUCUGCGUGGACCCAGUGGCAUCAUCACUUCCCCUAAUUACCCAGUUCAGUAUGAAGACAAUGCGCACUGUGUGUGGGUCAUCACCACCAUGGACCCAGACAAGGUCAUCAAACUAGCCUUUGAGGAGUUUGAGCUGGAACGAGGCUAUGACACCCUUACAGUGGGCGACGCUGGCAAAGUGGGUGACACCAGGACCGUCUUGUAUGUACUGACUGGCUCCAGUGUUCCUGACCUGAUCGUGAGCAUGAGCAACCAGAUGUGGCUACAUCUGCAGUCUGACGAUAGCAUUGCCUCACCAGGAUUCAAAGCUGUUUACCAAGAGAUUGCGAAGGGAGGCUGUGGGGACCCGGGCAUCCCUGCCUACGGGCGGCGGACUGGCGACCGCUUUCUCCACGGGGACACGCUCACUUUCGAGUGCCAGGCAGCCUUCGAGCUGGUUGGCGAGAGAGUCAUCACGUGCCAGCAGAACAACCAGUGGUCCGGCAACAAGCCCAGCUGCGUGUUUUCCUGCUUCUUCAACUUCACUGCGUCAUCAGGAAUCAUCCUUUCCCCCAAUUAUCCGGAGGAAUAUGGGAACAACAUGAACUGUGUGUGGCUGAUCAUCUCCGAGCCGGGCAGCAGAAUUCACCUCAUCUUCAACGAUUUUGACGUGGAGCCUCAGUUUGACUUCCUUGCAGUCAAAGAUGAUGGGGCUUCUGAUCUAAUUGUCCUGGGCACCUUCUCUGGCCAUGAGGUGCCCUCCCAGCUGGCCAGCAGCGGGCACGUGGUUCGCCUGGAAUUUCAGUCGGAUCACUCCACUACUGGCCGAGGCUUCAACAUCACCUACAGCACGUUUGGUCAGAAUGAGUGCCACGACCCUGGCAUUCCCAUAAAUGGGCGGCGUUUUGGUGACAGGUUUCUUCUUGGGAGUUCAGUCUCUUUCCACUGUGAUGAUGGCUUUGUCAAAACCCAGGGGUCAGAGGCUAUCACGUGCAUCCUGCAGGACGGGAACGUCGUGUGGAGCUCCACCGUCCCCCGCUGCGAAGCCCCGUGUGGUGGGCGUCUCACAGCGUCCAGUGGUGUCAUUUUGCCUCCCGGAUGGCCAGGAUAUUAUAAAGAUUCUCUGAAUUGUGAAUGGAUCAUUGAAGCAAAACCAGGGCACUCCAUCAAAAUAACUUUUGACAGAUUUCAGACCGAAGUCAAUUACGACACCCUGGAAGUCCGGGACGGGCCUGCCAGCUCGUCCCCACUGAUCGGGGAGUACCACGGCACGCAGGCGCCACAGUUCCUCAUCAGCACCGGCAAUUCCCUGCGCCUGCUCUUCGCCACGGACAGCAGCCGGGCCAGCGUGGGCUUCCUCAUCCGCUACGAGAGUGUGACUCUGGAUUCCGACUCCUGCCUUGACCCCGGGAUCCCUGUGAACGGUCAUCGGCAUGGCAGUAACUUCGGCAUCAGGUCCACGGUGACUUUCAGCUGUGAGCCGGGGUACACACUAAGUGAGGACGGGCCCCUUGUCUGCGAGAGGACCCACCAGUGGAGCCACGCUCUGCCCAGCUGCGACGCUCUCUGUGGAGGGUACAUCCGUGGGAAGAGUGGCACCAUCCUUUCUCCUGGGUUCCCAGAUUUUUAUCCUAACUCUUUAAACUGCACGUGGACCAUUGAAGUAUCUCAUGGAAAAGGAGUUCAGAUGGUUUUCCACACCUUUCACCUGGAGAGCUCUCAUGACUACUUACUGAUCACGGAGGACGGGAGCUUCUCGGAGCCCGUGGCCAGGCUCACGGGGGCGGUGCUGCCUCACACUAUGAAGGCGGGUCUGUUCGGGAACUUCACGGCCCAGCUUCGGUUUAUAUCCGACUUCUCCAUUUCCUACGAGGGCUUCAAUAUCACGUUUUCAGAGUAUGACCUCGAGCCGUGCGAUGACCCUGGCGUCCCCGCCUUCAGCCGGAGGAUUGGUUUUCACUUUGGAGUCGGGGACUCGCUGACCUUCUCCUGCUUCCCGGGGUAUCGCUUAGAAGGUGCAACCAAGCUUACGUGCCUGGGUGGGGGCCGUCGUGUGUGGAGUGCACCUCUGCCAAGGUGUGUGGCUGAAUGUGGAGCCAGUGUCAAAGGAAAUGAAGGAACAUUGCUGUCUCCAAAUUUCCCUUCAAAUUAUGAUAAUAAUCACGAGUGUAUCUACAAGAUAGAAACAGAGGCUGGCAAGGGGAUCCAUCUCCGAGCACGCAGCUUCCAGCUCUUGGAGGGGGACAUCUUGAAGGUAUACGAUGGGAAGGAUAGCUCGUCACGCCCACUGGGGGCCUUCACUGAGAACGAGAUGCUGGGGCUGCUUCUCAACAGCACGUCUAACCACCUGUGGCUGGAAUUUAACACCAAUGGGUCUGACACUGACCAGGGCUUUCAGCUCACCUAUACUAGUUUUGACCUAGUAAAAUGUGAGGAUCCAGGAGUCCCUAACUACAGCUAUAGGAUCCGAGAUGAAGGCCACUUUACUGACACUGUAGUUCUGUACAGCUGUAACCCGGGCUAUGCCAUGCACGGCAGCAACUCCCUGACCUGUCUGAGUGGCGACCGGAGAGUGUGGGACAAACCGCUGCCUUCCUGCGUGGCGGAGUGUGGUGGUCACAUCCAUGCUGCCACUUCCGGGCGCAUCCUGUCCCCCGGCUACCCGGCUCCCUACGACAACAACCUGCACUGCACCUGGACCGUGGAAGCAGACCCCGGGAAGACCAUCAGCCUCCACUUCAUUGUGUUUGACACUGAGAUGGCUCACGACAUCCUGAAGGUGUGGGACGGCCCGCUGGACCGCGACAUCCUGCUGAAGGAGUGGAGUGGCUCCCUGCUGCCCGAGGACAUCCACAGCACAUUCAGCUCGCUCACUCUGCAGUUCGACAGCGACUUCUUCAUCAGCAAGUCCGGCUUCUCCAUCCAGUUCUCAACAUCAGUCGCAUCCUCCUGUAAUGACCCAGGAAUGCCGCAGAACGGCACCCGCUAUGGGGACAGUAGAGAGCCAGGAGACACCAUCGCCUUCCAGUGCGACCCCGGGUAUCAGCUCCAAGGACAAGCCAGGAUCACCUGUGUGCAGGUGGAGAGCCGCUUCUUUUGGCAGCCAGACCCACCCACGUGCAUAGCUGCGUGUGGAGGGAACCUGACUGGCCCGUCGGGCGUGAUCUUGUCCCCUAACUACCCCCAGCCGUACCCUCCGGGGAAGGAAUGCGACUGGCGGAUAAAAGUGAACCCGGACUUUGUCAUCGCCUUGAUGUUCAAAAGCUUCAGCAUGGAGCCCAGCUAUGAUUUCCUGCACAUUUACGAGGGAGAGGAUUCCAACAGGCCUCUCAUUGGAAGCUUCCAGGGUGCUCAAGCCCCAGAAAGAAUCGAGAGUAGUGGAAAUAGUCUCUUUCUGGCAUUUCGGAGCGAUGCCUCUGUGGGGCUGUCAGGGUUCGCCAUUGAAUUCAAAGAGAAACCACGGGAAGCCUGUUUUGACCCUGGAAAUAUAAUGAACGGGACAAGAAUUGGGACGGACCUCAAGCUCGGCUCGACUGUGACCUACCAGUGUGACUCUGGCUACAAGAUCGCCGACCCCUCCUCUAUCACGUGUGUGAUCGGAGCCGACGGGAAGCCCGCCUGGGACCGGGUCCUGCCCUCCUGCAAUGCUCCCUGCGGAGGACAGCACACUGGAUCGGAAGGGGUCGUUCUGUCACCAAACUACCCUCAUAAUUACACAGCCGGUCAGAUAUGCCUGUAUUCCAUAACUGUACCACAGGAGUUUGUGGUGUUUGGGCAGUUUGCCUAUUUCCAGACGGCCUUGAAUGACUUGGCAGAGCUGUUCGACGGGACCCACUCGCAGGCCAGACUCCUCAGCUCCCUGUCUGGCUCUCACUCAGGGGAAACUUUGCCCUUGGCCUCGUCCAAUCAAAUUCUGCUGCGGUUCAGCGCGAAGAGCGGCGCGUCUGCCCGGGGAUUUCACUUCGUCUAUCAAGCUGUCCCCCGGACCAGUGGGACCCAGUGCAGCUCUGUCCCUGAGCCCAGAUUCGGAAGGAGGAUUGGUUCAGAGUUCUCAGCAGGUUCCAUCGUUCGCUUCGAGUGUAACCCGGGAUACCUGCUUCACGGCUCCACGGCUGUCCGCUGUCAGUCUGUGCCCAACGCGCUGGCCCAGUGGAAUGACACGAUCCCGAGCUGCAUAGUGCCCUGCAGUGGUGAUUUCACUCAGCGCAGAGGCACGAUUUUAUCCCCCGGCUACCCUGAACCAUAUGGCAACAACUUGAACUGUGUCUGGAAAAUCAUCGUGACAGAGGGAUCGGGAAUCCAGAUCCAAGUGGUCAGCUUCGCCACGGAGCAGAACUGGGACUCUCUGGAGAUCCACGACGGCGGGGACAUGACGGCGCCCAGGCUGGGGAGCUUCUCAGGUACCACGGUGCCGGCGCUGCUGAACAGCACAUCCAAUCAGCUCUACCUACAUUUCCAGUCUGACAUCAGUGUGGCGGCUGCUGGGUUUCACCUGGAAUACAAAACUGUCGGCCUGGCUGCAUGCCCCGAACCAGCCCCUCCCAGCAACGGCGUGAAGGUUGGAACGCGCUACCUGGUGAACGACGUGCUGUCCUUCCAGUGCGAGCCCGGCUACACGCUGCAGGGCCGCUCCCACAUCUCGUGUAUGCCAGGAACUGUUCGCCGCUGGAACUACCCAUCUCCCCUUUGCAUCGCCACGUGCGGAGGGGCCCUGAGCAGCAUGGGGGGCGUGAUCCUGAGCCCAGGCUUCCCGGGUGUGUACCCCAACAACCUGGACUGCACCUGGAAGAUCGGGCUGCCCGUUGGCUAUGGUGCACAUAUUCAGUUUCUGAAUUUUUCCACGGAAGCUAAUCAUGACUACCUUGAAAUUCAGAAUGGUCCUCACCGCAGCAGCCCCAUGAUCGGGCAGUUCAGCGGCUCCGAGCUGCCCUCCGCCCUGCUCAGCACGACGCACGAAACCCUCGUCCACUUCUACAGUGACCACUCGCAGAACCGGCAGGGGUUCAAACUCGCUUACCAAGCCUAUGAAUUACAGAACUGCCCAGACCCACCACCUUUUCAGAAUGGGUAUAUGAUCAACUCAGAUUACAGUGUGGGACAAUCGAUAUCUUUUGAGUGUUAUCCUGGGUAUGUUUUAAUCGGCCACCCAGUCCUCACCUGUCAGCAUGGGCUCAACAGAAACUGGAACUACCCCUUUCCGAGAUGCGAUGCUCCUUGUGGAUAUAAUGUGACCUCUCAGAAUGGCACCAUUUAUUCCCCUGGAUUCCCAGAUGAGUACCCAAUCUUGAAGGACUGCGUGUGGCUCAUCACCGUACCACCUGGGCAUGGGGUGUACAUCAACUUCACCCUGCUGCAGACCGAGGCCGUCAACGACUACAUCGCCGUUUGGGACGGGCCUGACCAGACGUCACCUCAGCUCGGCGUGUUCAGUGGAAACACAGCCCUGGAGACGGCGCACAGCUCCACCAACCAAGUCCUGCUCAAGUUCCACAGUGACUUUUCCAACGGGGGCUUCUUUGUGCUCAACUUCCAUGCAUUUCAGCUCAAGAAAUGUCAGUCCCCGCCAGUGGUCCCACAGGCCGAAAUGCUCGCUGAGGAUGAGGACUUUGGAAUAGGAGAUUUCGUGAGGUACCAAUGCCAUCCUGGGUACACGCUGUCUGGGACAGACACGCUGACCUGCCGGCUCAGCUCCCAACUGCAGUUCAAAGGCUCUCCCCCAACGUGCGAAGCACAAUGCCCAGCAAAUGAAGUCCGCACAGAGUCUUCUGGAGUCAUCCUCAGCCCAGGUUAUCCGGCCAACUAUUUCAACUCCCAGACGUGCUCGUGGAGCAUCAGGGUGGAGCCGGACCAUAACGUCACCAUCUUCGUGGAUGCCUUUCAGAGUGAGAAGCAGUUUGACGCCCUGGAGGUGUUCGAUGGUUCUUCUGGUCAAAGCCCUCUGUUAGUGGUCUUAAGUGGGAACCAUACUGAACAAUCCAAUUUCACAAGCAAGAGUAACCAGUUGUAUCUCCGCUGGUCCACUGAUCAUGCAACCAGUAAAAAGGGAUUCAAGAUUCGUUAUGCAGCACCUUACUGCAGCCUGACCCAUACCCCAAAGAAUGGCGGUGUUGUAAACAGGACCACGGGAGCCGUGGGAAGUAAAGUGCAUUAUUUUUGCAAGCCCGGGUAUCGCAUGGUCGGCCACAGCAAUGCGACCUGCACACGGAAUCCAGCGGGGAUGUAUCACUGGGACUCCCUCACUCCCCUCUGCCAAGCUGUGUCCUGUGGAAUCCCAGAGUCCCCAGGAAAUGGGUCCUUUUCGGGAAAUGAGUUCACGUUGAAUAGUGAAGUGGUGUAUGAAUGUAACAAGGGCUUUAAGCUGGAAGCCGGUCAGCAAGCCACAGCAGUGUGUCAGGAAGACGGACUGUGGAGCAACAAGGGGAAGCCCCCGGCGUGUCAGCCGGUAAUUUGCACCGGCAUUGAAGCUCAGCUCUCAGAGCACGUCACCUGGAGGCUGGUCUCAGGAUCCCUGAACGAGUUCGGGGCUCAGGUCCUGCUGAGCUGCAGCCCCGGGUAUUACCUGGAGGGCCACAGGCUCAUGCAGUGCCAGGCUGACGGGACCUGGAGCGCAGGCUCCGAGAGGCCGCGGUGUAGAGUUAUCUCAUGUGGAAGCUUGUCCUUUCCGCCAAAUGGUAACAAGAUCGGCACGCUGACGGUCUACGGAGCCACAGCCAUAUUCACGUGUAACACGGGCUACACGCUCGUGGGCUCUCAGGUCAGAGAGUGCCUGGCCAGCGGGCUCUGGAGCGGCGCCGAGACGCGGUGUCUGGCCGGCCACUGUGGCUCCCCCGACCCGGUGGUGAAUGGGCACAUCAGCGGGGGCGGCUUCAGCUACAGGGACACGGUGGUGUACCAGUGCAACCCCGGCUUCCGGCUCGUGGGAACGUCCGUCCGGAUAUGCUUGCAGGACCACAAGUGGUCCGGGCAGACCCCAGUUUGCGUGCCCAUCACCUGCGGCCACCCUGGGAAUCCUGCCCACGGGUACACAAAUGGCAGUGAGUUCAACCUGAAUGACGUCGUCAACUUCACCUGCAACACCGGCUAUUUGCUGCAGGGCCCAGCUCGAGCCCAGUGUCGGAGCAACGGCCAGUGGAGCAGCCCACUGCCCACCUGCCGAGUGGUGAACUGCGCAGAUCCGGGCUCGGUGGAAAACGCCCUCCGCCACGGGCAGCAGGACCUCCCCGAGAACCCUGAAUAUGGGACAAGCGUCACGUACCACUGCAAGAAGGGAUUCUAUUUGUUGGGCUCUUCCGCCCUGACCUGUAUGGCUAACGGCCUGUGGGAUCGCUCUCUGCCCCGGUGUUUGGUGGUAUCAUGCGGACACCCAGGGGUUCCUGCCAAUGCCAUCCUGACCGGGGAGCUGUUUACACAUGGGGCCGUCGUGCACUACUCCUGCAAAGGGGGCCGGAGCCUUGUAGGCAGCAGCACUCGAGUUUGCCAGGAGGAUAGUCACUGGAGCGGGACGCUGCCCCACUGUACAGGAAAUAAUCCUGGAUUUUGUGAUGAUUGGGAGACCCGGGCGCAUGGGUUUCGGCUGGGAGAUGAGUUCAAGACCAAGAGCCUUCUGCGCUUCUCCUGUGAGAUGGGCUACCAGCUGAGGGGCUCCUCUGAGCGGGUGUGUUUGCUCAACGGGUCCUGGUCAGGCCUGCAGCCUGUGUGCGAAGCCGUGUCCUGCGGGAACCCCGGCACCCCAACCAACGGCAUGAUCGUCAGCAGCAAUGGCGUCCUCUUCUCCAGCUCGGUCGUCUACUCUUGCUGGGAAGGCUAUACGACCUCGGGGCUGAUGACGCGCCACUGCACGGCCAACGGGACGUGGACAGGCACAGCCCCCGACUGCACAGUUAUCAGCUGUGGGGAUCCAGGUACCGUGGCAAAUGGCAUCCAGUUUGGGACGGACUUCACGUUCAACAAGACCGUGAGCUAUCAGUGCAACCCCGGCUAUGUCAUGGAGCCCGCCGCGUCGCCCACGACCCGCUGCACCAAAGACAGCACGUGGAGCCACCGCAAGCCCGUCUGCAGAGCCGUGGCCUGCAGCCCGCCGCCGCCAGUGCCGCACGGGAGCGCCCAGGGCGCCGACGUCCGCUGAGGGGCCAGCAUCGCCUACAGCUGCGCCCGCGGCUACCAGCCGUCGCACGCCGCCGUCCUGUCCUGCGAGGGCCGCGGAGAGUGGCGCGGGGAGCCGCCGCGGUGCCUGCCGGUGUUCUGCGGGGACCCGGGCACCCCCGCGGACGGGCGGCUGAGCGGCCGGAGCUUCACCUACGGAUCUGAGGUCCUCUUCCAGUGCCGGGCCCCCUUCGUGCUCGUGGGGUCACCGUGGAGGGUGUGCCAGGCCGACGGCACGUGGAGCGGCGUCCAGCCCGCCUGCAUCGAUCCUACUCAUAACACCUGCCCAGACCCGGGUACUCCACACUUUGGAAUACAAAAUAGCUCCAGAGGAUAUGAGGUCGGAAGCACAGUUUUCUUUAGGUGUCGGAAAGGUUACCACGUGCAAGGUUCUACGACUCGGACUUGCCUCGCCAAUUUGACGUGGAGUGGAAUACAGACUGAGUGUAUACCACACACCUGCAGACAGCCAGAAACGCCAGCCCACGCGGACGUGAGAGCCAUCGACCUCCUUGCCUUCAGUUACACCUUGGUGUACACGGGCCACCUGGGCUUCUUCCUGGCAGGCGGAUCUGAACACAGGACGUGUAAAGCGGAUAUGAAAUGGACGGGGAAAUGUCCUGUCUGUAAAAGUAAAGGAGUGAGAGAAGUUAAUGAAGUUACUAAAACCCCAGUUCCUUCCGAUGUAUUUUUCAUCAACUCCGUGUGGAAAGGAUAUUACGAAUAUCUAGGGAAAAGACAGGCUGCAACUCUGACUGUGGACUGGUUCAAUGCAACAAGCACUAGGGUGAACGCGACGCUCGUCGAUGCCUCUCGGGUGGAGCUGAAAUUGACAGGUGUUUACAAGAAGGAAGAGGCCCACGUACUUCUGAAAGCUUUUCAGACUAAAGGUUCGGUGGACAUUUUUGUCAGCAAGUUUGAGAACGACAACUGGGGACUGGACGGCUAUGUCUCAUCAGGACUUGACAGAGGGGGAUUCACUUUUCAAGGUGAUGUACAUGGAAAAGACUUUGGAAAAUUCAAGCUGGAGCGGCAAGGUCCCCUGGGCUCUGGCCGGGACGCCUCCCAUCCGCACCACGGCACGAGCAGCGGCUCGGUGGCGGCCGCCAUCCUGGUUCCGUUCUUCGCCCUAAUUUUAUCCGGGUUUGCGUUUUACCUCUACAAACACAGAACAAGACCCAAAGUCCAAUACAAUGGCUACGCUGGGCAUGAAAACAGCAAUGGACAAGCUUCCUUCGAAAACCCCAUGUACGACACAAACUUAAAGCCCACAGAGGCCAAGGCCGUGCGCUUUGACACCACCCUGAACACGGUGUGCACGGUGGUAUAGCCCGCGGCGCCCGCGGGCGGACUCAUAGCCAUACCUCCGGCAGACACCGGGGUCUUCUCUGG